UGAGGGGACCCAAGAUGGCUGAGAAUUCACAGUGGGGCUAGUGUUUAUUGGAGUAAGAUGUUGUAACCCUUUGACAUAACCGAGGUAGUAUAUAAAUUAUAACGAUCCGGAAACACAAAGGAGUGCAUCGGUUCGACCCAUUGUGUCUUAAAAUGUCUAUAUGUUGAUGAGAAGACAGGCUGGUCCCUCCGAGGCCCAUAGCCAGAACAUGGCGGAACACUUGGGCAAAAUAUAGCAAGCUAGCUAGCCUGCUAGCUUAUUAUGAAAACACAGCUAUAAAUACGAUUUCAUCUACACAUGCAAGAGCCGACUGUGUUCCGGUUCGAGAGUCUGCGCUGUCGCUUCGCUAUUUAGAUUUUUUGAAGACGACUGGGCAUCACAUUUUAUAAUGUUAAACGCUGGCAGAUAGCUCAUUAGCUACGUUGCUAGGCUACUUAGCCAGCAGGCUGUAACGUUAACUUGGUGGCAGCUGCAGCAAACUGAAGUGAAAGGGCAUCUGAUUUUGCCCUGUCGCACUCCGAAUGUGUCCGGUCUGAAACUUUUACGGACUAUACUUACCAACAAGCAAGAUGCAUAUGAUGUAUACUGGUUAGCGAUUGUGCGCAAGCUGUCAUCAAUAGCUUCAUCUUGGUAGAAGGAGAAUGCUUUCGAAAGUACCACAAUACAUUGCCACUGUACUAACCAACAGCAUUAGCUAACGUGAACAGUUGUCAUUACGAGUUACGGAGCCAGUCAUACUGGCAGUUAAAUUCGUGAAUUGUUGCUGUACCUCAAUCAAAAUUCAUAUUUAUUUGAAAUGCUCAGCUUCUGCAUCGGUGUAACAGUUGACUAACCAGGUAAUAAUCUGAAGAUCAGCCCACAGUUAGCUUGGGGACGUUAGCUUCUAGUAAGGGAACCCCAUUGGGAAACUCAAGUGGCGUCUAGGAGGGAAAGUGGACGCGUUUACUUCACUGCCGGUGAAGUGACCCCCACCAGGUGUAACAUUGGAAACGGCAACCUCGUCUGCAAAAAUGACGGACACUCGGCGACGGGUGAAAGUGUAUACCCUCAACGAGGACAGACAGUGGGAUGACCGGGGUACAGGGCACGUUUCCUCGGGAUACGUCGAGAGAUUGAAAGGCAUGUCUCUCCUGGUGCGCGCCGAAAGCGAUGGAUCACUACUGCUGGAGUCUAAAAUCAACCCAAACACAGCCUACCAGAAACAGCAGGACACAUUGAUUGUCUGGUCAGAAGCAGAGAACUACGACUUAGCACUGAGUUUUCAGGAGAAGGCUGGUUGCGAUGAGAUCUGGGAGAAAAUCUGCCAGGUCCAGGGCAAAGACCCGUCGGUGGACAUCACGCAGGAGCUGAUCGAUGAGUCGGAGGAGGAGCGCUUCGAUGACAUGUCGUCUCCGGGCCUGGAGCUGCCAGCCUGCGAGCUGUCCCGCCUCGAGGAGGUGGCGGAGCUGGUGGCGUCGUCGCUGCCGUCGCCGCUGCGGCGCGAGAAGCUGGCGCUGGCGCUGGAGAACGAGGGCUACAUCCGCAAGCUGCUGGAGCUGUUCCGGCAGUGCGAGGCGGCGGGCAACCGCGAGGCGCUGCACCAGCUCUACGACGUGGUCAAGGGCAUCUUCCUGCUGAACCGCACCGCACUCUUCGAGGUCAUGUUCUCCGAGGAGUGCAUCAUGGACGUCAUCGGCUGCCUGGAGUUCGACCCGGCGCUGCCGCAGCCGCGCCGCCACCGCGAGUUCCUGACGGGCACGGCACGCUUCAAGGAGGUCAUCCCCAUCUCGGACCCCGAGCUGCGGCAGAAGAUCCACCAGACGUUCCGCGUGCAGUACAUCCAGGACAUGGUGCUGCCCACGCCCUCCGUCUUCGAGGAGAACAUGCUCUCCACGCUGCACUCCUUCAUCUUCUUCAACAAGGUGGAGAUCGUCGGCAUGCUGCAGGAUGAUGAGAAGUUCUUGACGGAGCUGUUCGCUCAGUUGACAGACGAGGCCACGGAUGACGACAAGCGGCACGAACUGGUGAACUUCCUGAAGGAGUUCUGUGCCUUCUCGCAGACGCUGCAGCCUCAGAAUAGGGACGCCUUCUUCAAGACGCUGUCUAACAUGGGCAUCCUCCCUGCCCUGGAGGUCAUACUGGGUAUGGAUGACGCACAGGUGAGGGGAGCAGCGACGGAUAUCUUUUCCUACCUGGUCGAGUACAAUCCCUCGAUGGUGCGGGAGUUUGUCAUGCAAGAGUGCCAACAGAAUGAUGACGAUAUCUUGCUGAUCAACCUGAUCAUUGAGAACAUGAUCUGUGACACGGACCCAGAGCUAGGGGGCGCUGUCCAGCUCAUGGGCCUGCUCAGGACCCUGGUGGACCCUGAGAACAUGAUGGCUACUGCCAAUAAAACGGAGAAGACAGAGUUCCUCAGCUUCUUCUACAAACACUGCAUGCACGUGCUCUCCGCUCCCUUACUGGCCAACACCACUGAAGACAAACCCAGCAAAGAUGACUUCCAGACGUGCCAGCUGCUGGCUCUGAUAGUGGAGCUGCUGACGUUCUGCGUGGAGCACCACACGUACCACAUCAAGAACUACAUCAUCAACAAGGACAUCCUGCGCAGAGUACUGGUCCUCAUGGCCUCCCAGCACGCCUUCUUAGCGCUCUGUGCGUUGCGGUUCAUGCGCAAGAUCAUCGGUCUGAAGGACGAGUUCUACAACCGCUACAUCAUGCGCAACUUCCUGUUUGAGCCGGUGGUCAAGGCCUUCCUCAACAACGGCACGCGCUACAACCUCAUGAACUCCGCCAUCAUCGAGCUGUUCGAAUACGUCCGUGUGGAGGAUGUGAAGUCUUUGACGGCUCACAUCGUGGAGAGCUACUGGAAGGCCCUGGAGGACGUGGACUACGUGCAGACCUUCAAGGGCCUCAAGCUGCGCUACGAGCAGCAGCGGGAGAGGCAAGACAAUCCCAAACUCGAUAGCAUGCGUUCCAUCCUGCGUAACCACCGCUUCCGGCGGGACGCGCGCACGCUGGAGGACGAGGAGGAGAUGUGGUUCAACACGGACGAGGACGAGCUGGAGGACGGCGAGGCCGUGGUGCCGCCCUCCGACAAGGCCACCCGCGACCGGGACCGGGACCGCGACAAGACCCAGGAGCAGGACCUGAUGGAACCCAUCAGCAAGUUCAUGGAGAGGAAGAAACUCAAAGACCCCGAGGACAAGGACUCGUCGGCCAAGUCGGGGGGCCUGAGUUCGGGCCGGCAGAGCCCCAGCUUCAAGCUGUCCUUCUCCAGCGCCCUCAAAGCCUCCAGCUUGUCCCCGUCCCAAUCCUCGCCCCCCUCCUCCUCCUCCCCCUCUUCCUCCCCUUCCCCUUCUUCGCCCUCCUCCAACGCGUCCCACCCUGGCUCACCGGGGUCUCCCGGCUCCCCGGGAUCGCCAGGGAACUCCUCCCCUACCACCACAACUACCACAUCCACCACCUCCUCCUCUUCUUCAUCUUCAUCUUCCUCUUCUUCCUCCUCCUCCUCCUCCACUUCCACCUCCUCUACGACGGCACGCAGUGCCUCUCCCUCCAGCACGGCCUCCUCCUCUGUUGCCACCAAGAGUACGCUGGUGGGCCUGGUGGACUACCCUGACGACGACGAGGAUGAGGAUGAGGACGAAGAGGACAUGGACAGCAAAGAGGAGAGCCCCCCCUUGUCAAAGAAGGCCAAGCUGACCUAGUCAAGCAAGCCCCCCUGUCCCCACCCCACCCCGCCCCGCCCCACCCCCUGUGUUGACCCAUACUCCACCUCCCAAGAUCCCCUCCUACACACACCCCAAUGCUCUCCUUGUUGCCACUGCAACUCCUCCUCUCCUCCUGCCCCCCCCCCCCCCAGGUGGUGGGAGGGAAACGGCCUGCCGAUGGACUUAUUUUGUUGAACUUUGUAGAACUUAAAAAACAAAAAAAACAAACAGACAAAACUGAUUACGGGGAGAGAGAGG